AGGCCAUCGAGAUGGCCAACAGUGGUGUUGGUGCCGCUGCAGAUCACCAUCUGCAGGAAUGAUGAGUGCGUGCUGGAGGACAAUUCCCAGAGAACCAAGUGGAAGGUGAUCAGUCCCACAGGGAACGAGGCCAUGGUGCCCUCUGUUUGCUUCCUGAUCCCCCCGCCCAACAAAGAGGCCAUCGAGAUGGCCAACAGGGUAGAACAGUUGUACCAGAAAGUGAUGGCUCUCUGGCACCAGCUCCACGUGAACACAAAGAGCCUCAUCUCCUGGAACUACCUGCGGAAGGACAUAGCCCUGGUGCAAAGCUUCAGCAAGGAAAAGCUCAGAUCCUUGGCGCAAGGGGAGUGCCAGCAAGCCGUGAAGAGCCUCCAGGCGCACUACGAGGACUUCCUGCAGGACAGCCGGGACUCGGAGCUCUUCUCGGUGUCGGACCAGCUGCGCCUGGAGGAGGAAGUGGAGUCUUCCAAGGAACACAUCCGGCAGCUGCUGGAGUCCAUGGAGAACGAAGACAAGGAUGAGACUGUUGCCAGGACGUAUCUCUCAGAGCUGAAGAAUAUCCGUCUGCGCCUGGAGGAGUGUGAGCAGAGGCUAGUGAGCCGAAUCCAGUCCCCGAGCAGCGCCCGAACAGAUGGUGAUACUAUCCAGGAAAACACCAUCCGCAUUGCAGAGCAGGAGCGCAUGCAGGAGGAUCUGCAGCGGCUGCAAUCGGACCUGCGGUUUGUUUCUGAGAGAUGCUACAGCUUCCUCGACAAGGCGCCCGCAGGGUCCAGCACACCCCACUUGCGUUCUGAACUUGACUUGGUGGUGAACAAGAUGGACCAGAUGUAUGGGCUGUCUUCCAUCUACCUGGACAAGUUGAAGACAGUUGAUGUUAUUAUUCGUAACACCCAAGGAGCAGAGUCCCUGGUCAAAGGCUAUGAGGUUAAGCUGAGCCAAGAGGAAGCAGUCCCCGCCGACCUGCCAGCUAUUCAGUCUCACAGAGCGGCGUUACAGCAAUGGCUUGGGGAAGUGAAGGACAAGAGCUCAGUCUUCUCCACGUUGGAGGAGGAGAUGGCAAAGGCAAAGGUGGUGGGAGAGCAGCUGUACCAGCGGAGACAAGAGCGCAGCAUCGACCUCGAGCGCUAUCAGGAGAAGGGAAGCCAGCUGUGGGAUCGCUGGCAGCGAGUCUGCACCCAGAUUGAGACCCGCCACGCGGAGCUGGAGAGCAUCCAGGAGGUGCUGAGUGAUUACCGGCAGUGCCACAGUGCCCUGAUCCAGUGGAUCGAGGAGAUCACGGUCCAGCAGGAGCUGAUGAAGCCCGGGCAGGCGGAGGACAGCCGGGUGCUGUCGGAGCAGCUGAGCCAGCAAACGGCUUUGGCUGCAGAAAUCGAGAAAAAUCAAGCCAAACUGGACCAGUGUCAGAAAUUCUCCCAGCAAUACUCAGCUGCUGUCAAGGACUAUGAGCUGCAGCUCAUGACGUACAGGGCAUUUGUCGAGUCGCAGCAGAAGUCUCCCAUGAAACGCCGGCGCAUGCUCUCGUCCUCGGAUGCCAUCACUCAGGAGUUCAUGGAUUUGCGGACUCGCUAUACAGCUCUGGUAACGUUAACCACGCAGCAUGUGAAGUACAUCAGCGAUGCUCUCCGGCGACUGGAGGAGGAGGAGAAAGUAGUGGAGGAGGAGAAGCAGGAGCAUGUGGACAAGGUGAAGGAACUGCUGGGCUGGGCCCUGGGCUUGAAGCAGAGCGUACAGGGCAGGACGGCUGCUGCUGGGAGCAGAGAGCUGGGCGACAUCGAGAAAUCCAUCUCAGAGCAGCAGGCCCUGAAUGAGGAGCUGGCUGCGAAGAAGGAGCAAGUCUCUGAGGCCAUCAAAACUUCACAAAUAUUCCUGGCAAAGCACAGCCACAAGCUUUCCCAUUCGGAGAAGGAACAGAUUUCCGCUCAGAUCGGUGCCCUCAAGGAGACCUACCAGGCGCUCUGCAGCCACUCCACGGAGCAGCUCCAGCAGCUCCAGAGCCAGCUGGCUCAGGAGACAGAGCACAAGACGCUGCAGGAGCAGCAGGCAGUCCGGGCGCAGAGCCUGGCCGAGCUGAGCCGCUGGCUGCACCAGGCAGAGGACACGCUGGCAGAGCAGCAGAGAGCAGCCAGCGAGGGGGACCUGCCCGCCUUGCAGCAGAGGCAAAGCGAUGUUAAGGAGCUGCAGAGGAACAUGCACACCCGAGCCGCCUCCUUCGCCAGCGUCCUGAAAAGCACAGAGGAGUUUUUGGAGGAGAACAAGACAAAGAUGGAGCCCGGGGAGCUGGCAGCACUGCAAGAGAAGCUCCAGCGUGCCAAGGAGCAGUACCAGUCCCUGCAGGAGAGGACAGAGGUGGCCCAAAAGGAGCUGGAGAGCGCUGUGACUGCUGCAAUGCAGCAGGAGACUGAAAAGGUGAAAGCUGCCAAAGAGCUGGAGGAGAACAGCAAUAAGAUUGAUUCCCUUUUGAACUGGGUGGCAUUGCUGGAGCAGAAGGGAGGGCUCCUGGAGUACAGACUGCACCCCGUCGAGCAAGCGCCAGGGGUGCGAGCGGGGACGGACACUCAGGACAUCCCCGACAGCCACGUCGUGGGAGCAGACAGCGCUGCCGGGAGCCUGGAUGAGCAGUACGAGAGGCUGAAGGCCCAGCACCAGGAGCUGCUGUCCCAGCAGCAGGACGUCAUCCUGGCCACGCAGUCGGCGCAGGCUUUCCUGGACAGGCAUGGCCACAGCCUGGCUGGGGAGGAGCGGGACCGGCUCCAGGGUCGGCUGGCAGAGCUGAAGGACCAGUACGCGGCUUCCCUCUCGCAGUCGGAAACGCGGCUGAAGCAAGUUCAAGUCCUGCGGGACGAGCUGCAGAAGUUCUUGCGGGAUCACGGGGAGUUCGAGGCUUGGCUGAAGCAAGCUGAGCAGGAUCUGGAGGGGAUGUACAAGGGGGACAGCGACCCCACGGCCCUCCGGCAGCUGCUCCUGCGACAGGGGAGCUUCUCGGAAGAUGUGAUCUCCCACAAAGGCGACCUGCGGUUUGUUACCAUGUCGGGGCAGAAGGUGCUGGAUGCCGAGGGAGCUGCCGGGGACGCAGGGUCCCAGCCGCUGGCGUCUGGGAGCGUGGUCAGGAGCAAGCUGGAGGAUGCAACGCAGCGAUACACCACGCUACACUCCAAGUGCACCAAGCUUGGCUCCCACCUGAACACCUUGCUGGAUCACUACCAGCAGUUCCAGGAGGUGGCAGAGUCUCUCAGGACGUGGCUGCAGGAGAGCGAAGCUGCCGUUGGGAAACUGCUCUCGGAGACGGUUUCUUCAGAUCCGGCCGUUCUGCAAAAGCAGCUCACCAGCGCUAAGCAGCUGCAAGGAGACCUCGCUGAGCAUCAGGUGCUGGUGGAGAAGCUCCAGAAAGCGGCUCGGUCCCUGCUGGAGGUACAAGGGGAGCCAGCCCCGGACCACGGGCACAUUCAGGAAACAACAGAUGCCAUCGUGAGCCUCUUCCAGAGCCUCUCCCAGCAGAUGGCCGAGCGCUCAGACCUGCUGCAGAAAUCCAUCGCCCAGUCCCAGAGCGUCCAGGAGAGCCUGGAGAGCCUCCUCCAGUCGGUGGCUGAGAUCGAGAAGAACCUGGAGGGAGAACAGCCCGCCGUGCUCUCCUCCACCUCCAUCCAGGACUCACUUGCCACGAGCGCGAAGCUGAAGCAGGACAUCGCCAGGCAGAAGAGCUGCCUGGAAGCCACCCGUGAGAUGGUGGCACGGUUCAUGGAGGCGGCAGACAGCCCCACGGCCUCUGCUCUGCAGGGCAAGCUGGCAGAGGUGACGGAGCAUUUCGGCAGGCUGUGCCAGCAGCAGCGGGAGAGGGAGGAUGCGCUGAAGGGCCUCCUCCCGAAGGUCGAGCAGUAUGAGCAGCUCUCGGAGAAGUUGCAGCAGUUCACGGAGAGCAGAGCGCGGAUGUUGGCAUCUGGGAACCAGCCAGACCGGGACAUCGCUCGCUUCUCCCAGCACAUCCAGGGACUGAAUUCGGAGAUGAGGCAGCACCAGGAGGACCUGGCCGCCCUGGAGCAGCUGGCUGCGGAGCUGAGCUCCUCUGGCAUCGCCCCCGGCGCCUCCCAGCAGCAGGAGAAGCUGCAGAGCCUGAAGAAAGAUUUCCUGCAGCUGCAGAAGGUGGCAAAAGAGAGAGAAAAGGAUGCGUCGUCCUGCCAGGAGCAACUGGAUGAAUUUCGGAAGCUAGUCGGGACCAUGAGGAAGUGGCUGAGGGAGAGCGAAGGCAAAAUGCCGCCUGCCGAGACCUCCCUGGGCACCCAGGAACUGCACAAGUGCAGGCAGCAGAUCCAGGAUCUCCUGGAGGAGUGGAAGGGGAAGGGGGCCCAGGUGGAGGAGAUCGGCCGCAGAGGGACCCUCCUGGAGAACCUGAUCGUGGAGAUCACGGCCCCCGACACCCCGGCCAAGGCAGGUGCCGCGCUGCCCGCUCCGGGAGGGUCGGUAGGCAGCGUGAACGGAUACCACACGUGCAAAGAUCUGACCGAGAUCCAGUGCGAUGUGUCAGACGUGACCCAGCAGUACCAGGGCCUUGGCGCAGCGCUGCAGGAACGCCAGCAGCAGCUCUCGGCUAUGCUGGAGAAGAUGCAAGAAGUGCAGGAGGAGGCAAGCUCGAUGCUGAAGUGGCUGGAGUCGAAGGAACAAAUGCUGUCAGAGCUGGACGCCUCCUCCUCGCCCACCAAGACGGAGACGAUGAGAGCCCAGGCUGAGCACAACAAGGCAUUUCUGGCUGAAUUGGAACAGAAUUCUGGGAAGAUCCAGAAGGUAAAGGAAGCUCUUUCUGGCUUGCUGGAGAAAUAUCCAGAUUCUCCGGAAGCAGCAAACUGGAAGAAGAUGCAGGAGGACCUGAAUUGCAGGUGGGAAAGAGCCAGCCAGGCGACGGCCGAGCGGCAGCAGAAGCUGGAGGAGUCGGCGAACCAGCUGGCCAGCUUCCAGGCUGCCGAAGCCCAGCUGCGCCCCUGGCUCAUGGAGAAGGAGCUGAUGAUGAGCGUGCUGGGACCCCUCUCCAUCGACCCGAACAUGCUGAAUGCACAGAAGCAGCAGGUCCAGUUUAUGCUGAAGGAAUUUGAAGCUCGCAGACAACAGCAUGAGCAGCUCAACCAGGCAGCUCAGAGCAUCUUGACUGGCCCAGGAGAUGUUUCUCCAUCCACUAACCAGGUGCGGGAAGAGCUCCAAGGGGUUAAUCAGAAAUGGUCCGAGCUAAUGGAACGCCUCAACUCCCGCUCCAGCCAAAUUGACCAAGCCAUAGUGAAGAGCACCCAGUACCAGGAGCUCCUCCAGGGCCUCUCCGAGAAGGUGAAGGCAGUUGGGCAGCGCCUGAGCAGCCAGUCUGCCGUCAGCACGCAGCCCGACGCUGUGAAACAACAGCUGGAGGAAACCAGUGAGAUCCGCUCGGACCUGGAGCAGCUGGAAGAGGAGAUCGCAGAGGCUCAGACCCUCUGUGAUGACCUCUCUGUCCUGAUUGGGGAGCAGUAUCUCAAAGAUGAGUUAAGGAAACGUCUGGAGACGGUGGCGCUUCCUCUCAAAGGGCUGGAAGACCUGGCAGCCGACCGGAUGAACCGACUGCAGACCGCACUUGCAAGUUCCCAGCAGUUCCAGCAUAUGUUUGAUGAACUCAGGACCUGGCUAGAUGACAAACUGUGCCAGCAAGCUCAGAGCCAACCUAUUUCUGCUAAACUGGAGAGGCUACAGAGCCAAAUUCAGGAACAAGAAGAGUUCCAGAAGAGCCUCAACCAACACAGUGGCUCCUACGAGAUGAUUGUAGCCGAGGGAGAAUCUUUGCUGCUUUCUGUCCAGCCUGGGGAGGAGAAGACCACUCUGCAAAACCAGUUGGUCAGCCUCAAAACACACUGGGAAGAGCUCAGCAAACAGGCUGCUGAUAGACACUCUAAGCUCAAGGACUGUUUGCAGAAAGCUCAGAAGUACCAACGGCACACCGAGGACCUCCUCCCUUGGGUGGAGGACUGCAAGGCAAAGAUGUCAGAGCUGGAAGUAACUCUGGAUCCGGUGCAGCUGGAGGCGACUCUUCUGAGAUCAAAGGCUAUGCUGAGUGACGUGGAGAAGCGUCGCUCCUUGCUGGAGAUGCUGAACAGCGCUGCCGACAUCCUGAUUGAUGCUUCUCAAACCGAUGAGGAUGACAUUCGGGAUGAGAAGGCUGGGAUCAAUCAGAAGAUGGAUGCCAUCACGGAAGAGUUGCAAGCCAAGACGGGCUCCAUUGAAGAAAUGUCACAGAGGCUCAAGGAGUUUCAGGAGAGCUUCAAGAACAUUGAAAAGAAGCUGGAAGGGGCAAAGCACCAGCUGGAGAUCUAUGAUGCGCUAGGGCCGCAAGCCUGCAGCAACAAGAAUUUGGAGAAGCUCAGGGCACAGCAGGAGGUGCUGCAGGCCCUGGAGCCACAAGUGGAUUAUCUGAAAAACUUCACUCAAGGGCUGGUAGAAGAUGCCCCAGAUGGGUCUGACUGUUCCCAGCUCCUAAGCCAAGCUGAGGUGGCUCAGCAGGACUUCAAAGCUGUGAAGCAGAAAGUAAAUGACUGCUGUAUGCUCAUGGAAAACAAGCUUGAAGGGAUCGGCCAAUUCAAUAAUCGGGUGAGGGAGAUGUUCUCUCAACUGGCAGAUCUCGAUGAUGAGUUAGACAGCAUGGGCCCCAUCGGGAGAGACUCUGACAGCCUUCAGUCCCAAGCAGAGGAUGUUCGCACGUUCCUGGGCAAGCUCCACAGGCUGAAGUCUGACAUUGAAGCUUCCGAAAGUGAAUGUAAGAAGAUGCUGGAGGAUGAAGGGAGCCCCGAUUUAUUAGGACUGAAACGUGAACUGGAGACGCUGAAUAAACAGUGCAGCAAACUGACCGAGAGAGGCAAGAACCGUCAGGAACAGGUAGAAAUGACGCUGUCUCGUGUCGAGGACUUCUACAGCAGGCUGAAGGAGCUGACCCACAUGACAACCGCAGCGGAGGAGAAUGAGGCAUUGCAGUGGGUGGUGGGAACGGAGGUGGAAACCAUCAACCAGCAGUUGGCAGACUUCAAG